UCCAUGGUGACGUAAGGUCGUGUUUGUUAACGGAAGGUGGAUUAGGCAACUAACUUUUACCUCAGAUUUAAGAGCCCCACAGAUUAACGGCCAUGUUUCGGAGGUUUGCGGUGGGAGUUUGCUCGGUUGGACGAUGUAGCUCUAAACUAAAGCUAACAGCUGUAAACAUUGGUGUUUUUAAUCAGAAUAAGAGCUUUGUUCGAGGGCUUAGUGCUGUAUUGAACCAAGACGCAGUAGAAGUGGAUAUAAGUCGCUUGGAAGGUGAAGACCAUGGCAUUGUGGAGGUUCUAAUGCGUCGGGAACGGGCACGUAAUUCUCUGGGUCGUGUGUUUGUGGCUCAGAUGCGAGAGCUGGUGUCAGGUUUGCACCAUGACGCAGGUGUGCGCGUGGUGAUUUUUAAGAGUCAGGUACCUGGAGUCUUUUGUGCAGGGGCUGAUCUGAAGGAAAGAGCACAGAUGAGCAACUCUGAGGCUGAGCAGUUUGUUCGUGGACUCCGUUCAUUAAUGAGCGAGAUAGCGGCGUUGCCAAUGCCAACCAUCGCAGCACUGGACGGCUUUGCUCUAGGGGGUGGGCUGGAGAUGGCGCUGGCGUGUGACCUCCGCACAGCAGCACACACUGCUCAGAUGGGCCUGAUUGAGACCACACGAGGGCUGCUUCCAGGGGCAGGGGGCAGUCAGCGUUUGCCACGGGCAGUGGGAUUUGCUGUGGCUAAGGAGCUGAUCUUUACUGGGCGGCGUGUAAGGGGAGAGCAGGCUCUACACCUGGGAUUAGUGAACCGUGCCGUACCACAAAACCAAGGCGGAGAUGCAGCGUAUAGAGAGGCUCUGAACCUGGCUCAGGAAAUUCUCCCUCAGGCUCCGUUUGCGGUGCGAAUGGCCAAGGAAGCCAUCAACCGAGGAAUAGAGGUGGACAUCGCUUCAGGAAUGGCCAUCGAGGGGAUGUGCUACGCCCGGGUUAUUCCAACACAAGACAGGCAAGAGGGAAUGACAGCUUUUAUAGAGAAAAGGCAGCCCAAUUACACUGGAGAAUAAACAGACAGGUCACACACAGGCACUUUAUCGUAUAGAGUAUUGUAAUUGCAGUCUUACUGGAUCAUUAGACUACUAAUAGACUACUACUAAUUUCUACUGUCAAAACAUCCAGCACACCCUCGGUUACAGUGCGGUUCGGUAAGUGAGGAAUACAACGCUAGCGGAUGAGCUGUUCUAGGAAAGCAAUCAACAACACAGAGGUGUUUAAAUUCCAGUAAACCAAUGAUACGCCUCAUAGCUCGAUUCCCACAUUCUGGCCAAUCAGAAUCAAGCAAUCAGGAACAUAAUAGAUGUCAUACUUAAUUUACUUUGAGCAUGGUGAACACCUUGAGAUAUUAAUAUCAGCACAAUAGUGUAUUUUGUGUUAAAAAAUCAGCCACAAUGCUGUUUUUUACUGCAUUUCUUGCCACCUGUGUAUAUACUGUUUAGGUUAAUUCAGACUAAUAAACAUUUAUUACCAAAAGGAAAGAUCCUA